UGGAGUGGGAGACCUGACCUAGCGCCCAGAUUUGUCUAUUUGAGACGAGACGGCGUGGAGCUUCAGCUUGAGGAGCAUCCAUUGUACAUGGGGAGAACAUCACUGUCCACCAACAAACUAAAGUGUGGAGACAUUUCCCUUAAACUCUCCAAAGUAAAACUCUCUGAUACAGGAACCUACAAAAAUGCCUUGUUCCAAAAACUGGAACAGAAUAUAUCCAAAGUCACCAAUGGAGUGGUUCUACAAUGUUCGUCUGAAGGCUGGUAUCCAGAGCCUGAGGUGUUGUGGCUGGACAGUGAGGGAAACCUCCUCUCUGCUGGACCUCCAGAGACAGUCAGAGGUCCUGAUGAUCUCUAUACUGUCAGCAGCGUAGUGACUGUGGAGAAGAGACACAGCAACAGCUUCACCUGCAGAGUCCAGCAGAAGGACACCAACCAGACCAAAGAGACAACUAUCCAUCUUCCAGAUGAUUUCUUCAUGGACCAGUGUAAUUCUGCUGUUCGCAUCACCAUCUGCUUGGCAGCCUGCUUCAUGUCUGUCAUGGCAGUCUUUGUUUCGUGGGAAAUGUGGACAACACCAAAUCAGUAA